UGGAGGCCUUGAUGGUCCGGCUGGUGAACGGCUCGGGCCCACACCAGGGCCGCGUGGAGGUGUACCACGAGCGGCGCUGGGGCACCGUGUGCGAUGACGGCUGGGACAAGAAGGACGGGGACGUGGUGUGCCGCACGCUGGGCUUCCCCAGCGCCGAGGACGUGCACCGGACGGCUCAGUUCGGACAAGGCACAGGGAGGAUUUGGAUGGAUGAUGUCGCCUGCAAGGGCACGGAGGAAAGCAUCUUCCGCUGCAGCUUCUCCAAAUGGGGGGUGACAAACUGCGGACACGCUGAGGAUGCUGGAGUGACAUGCAAGAGACCCUGACAGUGGGCACAGCCCAAGGUCCGGACCCAGCUGCCAAGCCUCCUUCCUGCAUUCCUGGGGUGGGGGCAUUGCUCGGGGCUCCCCUGACCAUGCCUCCCCGCCCAGCACCCCCAGACCCCCGGAUUCCCAUCCCAGGACCCAUGGUGGCCUGUCAUCCUCCUCCCCUUGGACAUCUUUUCCAAAGUACAACUCUGGGAUCUACUGCCUGUCUCUCCCUUCCACCAGAGUUCCUGCAUGGAGCCCUGGUCAACUGGAUCGCCAUUUUGCUGAGUCUUCUAAACACCAUGCGUCAGGCCUCCGUAUCCAUGUUCUCUGUGGUCUGUCAGUUACAGAUAAAUGUUGGCCACAAAUGCAUCCAUGAAGAUGGGAGGGAGGCAUCCCAGAUCGUUUACUCUGCAGAUCAUUCCCAAACCUCAGGCCAAGAGUUUUGACCAGCCAGAGACAAUACUGAGUGAUUCAUUUUCCCCCUUUACUCUGCCUCUGCACAGCGUUUGUUAGUUGGGGGAAGUGACAUAGAGGAGAGGCCAGCUGUAGGAGCCAGAGGGAAAUGCAAGUCUCCUGCAGGAACCAGUCUGGAUUCAGAGAAGAGGAGUGAAAGGAACAUUUAUUGAGUGACUGCCACGCAUGCUAUUGCAUAGUAUCUUGGGUGCUAAAUUCAUUUAACACUUUGCAGCAUUCCUAUAAGUCAUGUUAGUGUGGGUACCACGUCACCUCCAGGUAGCAUUCAACUGACCCCUUCGCCUGACCUAUCAGUCAGAUCGAGAAUGACUGAGACCACUGUCGCUACCUGAACUUUCCUGUGUCUUCGCCAGGCUCAAGCAAGAAGCUUGGGUGCAGGACGGGUGCGACUAGAAGGUUACAUACUCCAAACCCCACAGGGUGUGAGUUCAAGGUCAGACAGGACUGGCUUCCAGGGCAACCAUCCACACAGGAGGAAAGCUGAUUUGGAGGGUGACAUGGGGACUGUCUGGGUUAAACCAAGAUCAACCCUCAGUUAUCUAGCAGUCAGGGUUAAAGCUAUGUCGCCUGUGUCUCAGAGCUGUUUGGAGGUGAUGAUUUUGAACCUUCCAGACCUCUUUGGGUGUCAUCCUGUGGUCAGGAGAACACAUGUCCUGAUGGAGCCUAUAAGAGUGAAAGGAGGGGACUUCCCUGGUGGCGCAGUGGUUAAGACUCUGCGCUCCCAAUGCAGGGGGCCCGGGUUCGA